GGACUCCAUAUGGAUAGGGCAUGGUCGACUUUGCUAUGGUUUGGUAUGGGGAUGGUCAAGGGCUCGUCGCGCGUCUGCUCGACGCCUCUUGCGGCAUGCAGCGUGCAGUAUUAGCAUCAGACCCAUUUGGCGGUGCUGUUCCCUUCUCCCCAUGGCACCAAAUCCCGGCCAGCCCAAUCCACAGUCCUCCCAUCCUCAAGGGUUCAGAAAAAUCUUGCUAGGCCCGUAAGUUACGCCGACCCAGUUCCAUUGCAGGGAUCCAGACCCUUCCCGCUGCCCAUACUGUCACCGUUGUGUUCCUUUGCGACGCCCGACAUGAGCCCGUCGUCAAGCUUCCUUUCGAAUUGGGCAGUGAUGAUCGCUGAAUACAUCGUACAGCCAUGAAGCCCCGUCCAGUAUGCCAAAAAUGCAUCCAGAAGAACCCGCUACU